AUCGCAUUCCCAAGUCCGAACCGUGUCAUAGUGAGUAGUGACUACUAUCAUUGACUUGAUUUGCUUCACAAAGAAGGUAUCAGGUCCCGGUUUACUUCUUCUCUAACUUCCUACGAACUGACAAAACAUCUUCCAGCCUCCUCCAUAACUCCAUAAGCCUCCUAAGCCUCAGCUUGUAUAUGUUUGAGUCAGAGCAUCACCUUUAACCAGUCGCUGCUAUGUCUUCCCAAAACCAAGAAUAUGAUGCGUACAUUAGUUCCGGAUUGCAGUUCCUUCAUCCUUUUAUUUCAGGUCUCUAUGAUGCACUCAAAAGUGUUGGACUGCAUGUUUUAGCAGACCGCACCGAGCCCAAGACUAAUAAACUUUUAUUAUCUGGCGCAAUCGAACGAUGCAGAGUUUCUAUCAUAGUUUUCACAAUAGCUUAUGCUGAAUCAACCUUGCACUUGCAAGAACUCGUGAAAAUAAUGGAGUGUCAUCGGAGGAAAGAUCAGAAGGUUGUGCCCGUGUUCUAUUGCUUAGAUCCCUCCCAAGUAUGCAACCUGAGCGGCUAUUUUGGGGAGAUUUUGUCGCGGACUCUGCAAGGAAUCUCGAGUGAUGAAAAUAGGAUGUUGAGUUAUGAGACCGCCCUUCGACAAGCUGCUUCCAUUUUACCCAGGUUUCUUCCAGAUAUCUGGAAAAACAGAAAUGUUGAGAGCCAUAUAGUUGGACGUGUUACAUCCUUGAUAGAUUCAACGAAAUUAUUCAUUGCAAAGCAUCUGGUGGGAGUAGAGUCUCGUGUGCAAGAUUUGAUUCAACUCUUAAACAAUCAGAAAGCAGAUGGUGUCCCCAUAAUAGCAAUAUGGGGAAUGGCGGGAAUAGGUAAAACUACAAUUGCCAAAGCCCUCUACAAUCAAAUUAGCCACAAUUUCGAGGUGAGGACAUUUGUCCCACACAUCCAGGAUAGCGUGGCGGAUUAUACAAGGAGGCGGCUUCAUUUCAUUUUGAGAGACCCAGAUGAAACACAAGCGCAUAACUUUGACUCAACAAGAAAGUUAUGGUGCGAAGGACUUCGUUGCUUAAAGGUACUUCUUAUAGUUGAUAAUGUGAGAAGUGACCUGGAGCUGGGGUUUUUGCCAGUAACUCGUGAAAUUUUUGGUCCAGGGAGUAUAAUAAUCAUCACGACAAGAACUAAACAUGAUCGACUUCAUGAGAUUGGAGUUAAUCAUAUAUAUAGAGUGAAAGAAAUGGACUACAAUGAAUGUGUUGAGCUUUUUAGUUGGAGCGCAUUCAACAAAGCCACUCCUGAAAGAAGUUUUUCUGGUCUUAUUAAUAAAGCAAUUGAAUAUUCUGAUGGACUGCCACUGGCUCUUGUGGGUGUUGGCUCUGCUGUAUCUGAAAAAAGUAUAGAAGAGUGGGAGAAUGUUUUGGACAGCUUCAAAAGAUUACCCUUUCAAGAUGUAUGGCAGGUUUUAAAAGAAAACAUAGAUUCUGUUGGAUCUGAAGAAAAGAAAAUAUUUCUUGAACUAGCUUAUUUGAGUCAUCUCUUUAUUGGAGUGGACCGAAAUGAUAUAUGUCAGAUAUUACAAGGAGCUGGACAUCACGAUGCAUCGAGGGCAAUUAAAGGGAUUGAAGAGCAUAGUCUUGUGUGGUUUGACAAGGACAAGCUUUGCAUGAAUCGUUUGCUACAAGACAUCGGAAGAGAAAUGUAUAUGAAGGAAUCAUCGAUUGAACCUCAGCAAAGGCCAUAUGAUGUAUUCUUGAGCUUUCGAGGUAAAGAAACUCGCUCAAAGUUCAUCUCACAUCUUUAUGCAUCUCUUGAAAAUGCGGGUAUCUAUGUUUUCAAGGAUGAAAACGGGCUAGCAAGAGGGGAAAAUCUCUCAAUCUCGCUUCUGAAAGCAAUUGGAGAGUCUAAAACUUCGAUCAUUAUUCUGUCACCGAAUUAUGCAUUUUCAAGAUGGUGUUUGCAAGAGUUGGAAGACAUCAUGAUAUGUUGUAAAAACAAAACUCAAAAGGUGCUGCCAGUAUUCUACCAUAUAGAUCCCUCGGAAGUGCGAAAUCAGACUGGUAAGUUUGGACAAGCUUUUGAUAAUCUUAUGAGAAGAUACCCGGAUAAAAUAAAAGGCAAGGAGCAGAGUUGGAGGAAAGCACUCCGUGAAGUUGGGUGCAUUGCAGGGUUUGUCAUCCGAAAAUCCAAGAAUGAAAGUGAGGAUAUUAAGAACAUUGUUGAACAAGUUACUCAUAUGCUGGAAAUGAAGGAAUUGUUCGUUGCUAAUCAUCCCGUAGGUGUUGAAUCUCGUGUUGAAGAGGUGAUUCAACUAUUAAAAGACCAGCAACAAGAAAAUCCUCUACUACUUGGUAUAUGGGGCAUGGGAGGGAGUGGUAAAACAACCAUUGCCAAAGCGGUUUAUAAUAAAAUUUUCCGUGAGUUUGAAGGUCGGUGUUUCCUCCUAAAUAUAAGAGAAGUUUGGGAUCAAGAUAAUGGAAUUCUUCAUUUACAACAACAACUUCUUUCUGCUAUCUACAAGACAACGAAAAUAAAGAUUGAAAACACUGAAUCUGGAAAAUCAAUAUUAGAGAGAAGACUUGGCCAGAAAAGGAUACUUCUUGUACUUGAUGAUGUGGACAAAUUGGAGCAGCUAAAUUCUUUAGCUGCAAGCCGUAAAUGGUUCUGUCCCGGUAGCAUAAUAAUCAUCACAACAAGAGACGAGCAUCUUCUACGUUGUCUUAGAAUUGACAAGUUAUAUAGUAUGAAAGAGUUAAAUGACAAAGAAUCCAUUGAACUUUUUAGCUGGCAUGCAUUCAAAGAACCGUGUCCAAAAGAGGAGUUCGCUUCACUUGCUAAUGAAGUUGUUUCAUAUUGUGAGAGAUUGCCACUGGCUCUUGAGGUAAUUGGGUCACAUCUGUUUAAUAGGAAAGUAUAUGAAUGGAGGAGUGUUUUGAAUAAACUCAAAACUAUUCCAAACAAUGAUGUACAGAAGAAGCUUAAAAUAAGUUUUGAUGGUCUGAGUGAUGACAGGGAUAGAGAAAUAUUUCUUGAUGUAGCAUUUUUCUUUAUUGGAAUGGAUAAAAAUGAUGUAAUUGAUAUAUUAAAUGGCUGCGGGCAUUCAGCUGAAAUUGGAAUGAAUGUUCUUAUGGAACGAUGCCUUAUUACUGUGGACACUAAGGGAAAACUUGGCAUGCAUGGUUUGCUGCGAGACAUGGGAAGAGAAAUUAUUCGCGAGAGUUUGCCAAUGAAACCUGAGGAACGCAGUAGGUUGUGGAAUCCAGAUGAAGUGCUUAAUGUAUUAUCAAAAGACAUGGGAACAAAAGGUAUUGAGGGACUUGCUUUGAACCUGCCAAAGUCAUUGAAUCCAACUAAGUUAAAGACAGAAGCAUUUAAGGAGAUGAAGAGACUGAGAUUGCUUCAGUUUGCAAAUGUGCAACUUGUUGGAGACUUUAAAUACCUUUCAACAGAUCUUCGAUGGUUGUGCUGGCAUGAAUGUCCUCCAGAAUAUACAACUGCGAACUUUUAUCAAGGAAAUUUAGUUGCCAUUGACUUCAAAUAUAGCAAACUCGACCUAGUAUGGAAGAAGGGUCAGAUGAUGAAGAAUCUAAAAAUUCUCAAUCUUAGUCAUUCUCAACACUUGACACAAACUCCUGACUUUUCAAAUAUGCCCAAUCUUGAAAAGUUAAUACUCAAAUAUUGCCUAAAGUUGACUUCGGUUUCUCAUACCAUUGAGCAUCUCAAGCAAGUUCUUCUAAUCAAUUUGAAAGGGUGUUCGGGGCUUCGUGUACUUCCAAGAAGCAUCUACAAGUUGAAAUCUCUCAAAACUCUCAUUCUAUCAGGAUGUUCAUUGAUUGAUAAGUUAGAAGAAGACAUAGAACAAAUGGAAUCAUUAACAACUUUGAUGGCAGAUAAAACUGCCAUAACACAAGUGCCUCAUGCACUACUAAGAUUAAAGAGCAUUGUGUAUAUUUCUUUGUGUGACUUUGAAGGAUUAUCGCGCAAUGUGUUUCCUUCAAUCAUUUGGUCUUGGACCUCUCCAACAAAUAAUUUCUCACGCCAAGUGCAAACACUUCUGGACUUGUCAAAUCUUGUUUCCUUAAUAGUCCCAAAUAGAAAUUCUCAAGGCCUAUCCUCCAUUAUCAGAGAGCUUCCACAGGUUCAGAAUGUUAGGAUGGAGUGUAGCUCACAACUCCAAAUAACGGGAGAUGUAGUUUCAGAUACUUGUAAUGUCACAAACUGCAAUGAAAUGAUAGUAUCAUCAUGUGCAUCAUCAGUUGGUUGUUGCAGUGAAGGUGAUGUUACUGAAUCAGAAAAUUCCUUGAAUUCAAUUUUAAUCCAAAUGGGAAUGAAUUGUUCUGUCACAAAGGUACUCAGAGAGAAUAUUUUGCAGAAUUUUAAUGCCAGAGUACCUGGAGAAUGUCUGCUUCCUGGCAAUAAGAAUCCUGAUUGGUUAACAUUCAGUGGAGAAGGUUCUUCUGUAAUUUUCGAUGUCCCUCAUGUGAAUGGAUGCAAGUUAAAAACAAUGAUGUUGUGUGUCUCCUACUCUUCAUCUCCAAGCAUCAAAGCAUCUGAAGGCCAUAUUAUUAAAAAUCUGUUUAUCAUAAAUCUCACAAAGACCACUCAUUAUCUCUACAAUGGAGAUACAUUGGCUUCACUUAGAGAAGAGGAAUGGCAUAAAGUGAUUUCAAACCUUGAAGCUGGAGACAAAGUACAGAUUGUUGUUGUAGCUAGGUUAGGAAUCAUAGUGAAGAAGAUAGUAGUUUAUCUCAUAUAUGGUGAACCAAUUGAUAUUGUUUGUGGUGAUGAUAUGGUAGCAGAUGGAAAUGUCACUGUUCAUGGUGGAGAUGAAAAAAAAAAUUUGAAGUCACUUGGAAAACGAAAACUCCAGAGAGUAUGAUCACCAAAGAGUAUUGUGUGACUUGUCAAUUUGAGUUGAAACUGUGGGUAAGUGUAGGCUAAGAAAGGUAAGAUUUAAUUUGUUGCCUAGAUCUAAUUAUAAGUUUUCCUUCUAACCUCAGAUAUCAUUUUUCAAAAAACUUCUGCACAUACUUUUCCCCGAACAAUGGUUCAAUGCACGAUACUCUUAAAGGUUUUAGUAAAAUUUUAUGCUUAUUGAUUUCUAUUAAAUCUAUAUCAUUAAAUGGUUUUAAUUUAUCAGGCACCAAGUUAAUAAUUCAUGUAAGUCAUUCACUUUUUCUGGUACCCAACUUUACACAAACUGUUUAUGUAAUGUGAAAUUGAUGACAGGGAUGUAAGUAUUGGCUCCAGAGAGGAUGCAACAAGAGGUGCACAUGACUUUUAGAAUGCUAUUAAGUAGUAGAAUACAUUUUAAUGAUGGAAUCAAAAGAUCUUAUUCAAGCCAUGUCUGAUUUAUAAUCUAAACUUUUCCACCUAAGAAGAUUGAGUUCUACAUACGAAAUGAGUAUAAAGGAGAUUGUGCAUAUCUAUGUAUAGCAUUUUACUAUUCAUAUUUAGAUUAUGAUCCGAGGCUCUAUAAAUAAUGUAUAUAGUUCAAAAACCAUAGCAAAAAAUAAAUAAAUAAAUAAAACAUAAAAAAAGAUAAAAAAAAAACAUUUUCUUCUUGGUUGAAAAAGCUCUAAUUAGUCCCUGUAAACUUAUAAUAUAUGAAUGAAUCAUUUUAGUUGACAAAUUGUGAAUCUUGAGCCAAAUUAGUUCUCACUAAAGGUAAUAUGAUGGAAAACAUUUGAACCUUUGAAGUACUAAUAAUUUAACCUAUAGUUGACAAUGUCACCUGCUUAAAAUUAAAAUUACAUUAAUCAGCUCUUUCUGUUGGUAUUUCUUUUUUUAGGUGUACAACAAAUUAAAAAAAGAAAUUGAUAGAUAUAUAAUCUAUCUUAAGUCUUGUGAUACCAAAUAUGUUGCACCUGAUGCUCAGGCUCUAACCAUCUUAUAUAGCCCCUCUGCUGUUUUAAUGCAUCAUUUGCCAUCCAGCCAGUUAAAUAGUUAACACUUAGCUGCAUCUCCCAGUUCCUCUGAUUAAUCUCAUGAUGGAAUUGGAACCCAUCUGGCUCUUUCUGGUGCCUUGAAAGAUCCCAUUUUCAUAAUAGUUGUUCUCACCUUAUCUUUAGAAACAUUUUUAAGAAGAUUUCUACAACCAAUUGGAGGGAGUUGCUGCUCUGCCAAGACUUGUAAAUCAAUCGGUUCAAUUGAUGAGAAUAAUUGUUGGAAGAAAAGAUUGGCUUCUCUCCCUAAGUCUUCAGAUUCAGUAGACCUGGAUCCAUCUUCAAGAAGUAAAAACCAUGAUGAGAAACCGAUACUGCUUGGAACCACUUCAAUGUUGCCAUAAAUGCUCUCUUACUUGAGGGAUUGGAUUUCCAUUACCGGUUGGACAUAACCACUUCAAUGGAACGGAAUCAAAUUCAACAAUAAUUGCUUGAAAAAAAGAACCAAUGAAGUGGACAGCGAGCUUAGUUGCAGAAACCAAAUUCCACACUUUUUGGAACAAACUAUGGGUUUCUAAAACCAUAAAUAUAGACGAUUUAUAUCUCCUAAUUAGCUCUUUAUUGGAAUGAGAGAUAAAUUCAUCAAACUUCUACUUUUUUUGUUCCAAAAUGGUUUGCCCCAUUGUCUCCUUGUUGACCUUGUUAUCCUGAUGUCCAUGUUCUCAUUGCUGCUAUGUUUGGCUUCAUCAAAUUGGUCGCUUUUAGCAUUGUCGAUGCCUCCAUUUGCAUAAAUAGCCAGGUCAACAAAAUCAUCACCUUCCCAAUUGUGUCACAAUCCAAAAUGAGACAUGACCAAAAUAAUCUGAUAACAAGACCAACAAACUCAAAUAUAAGUUGAAUAAAGUUACAAAUAUUUUACAAAUUUUAAAAUAAAUAAUUAUACAUUUUUAACAAAAAUUAAGAUAAUUAAGAAUGGUUGGAUCCUGUCUGGAACGUAUAGAGCAUAUAACAUCUAGAAACUUCACAAAAAUUAUUUUUGGUUAUUUUGUUAAUUUUAUUUAUUCUAAUUUUUGAGUUGCUGGUUGCUGAUUUUUCUAAUUCUCAGUUGUUGAUAAUGCUAUGGUAUAGUGCUUCACUACAUUAUUUAUGUUGGAAUUUUUCUGAUUCUGAAUUGUUUAUGCUAUGAUUCUGAUUCUGAAUUGUUUAUGCUGAUUUUUCUGAUUUGUUAAUUCUGGUUGUUGAUGUUAUUGUGCCAUGGUAUGCUUCACUCCAUUGUUUAUGCUGGAAUUUUUUAAAUUCUGAGUUGCUUAUACUGAUUUUUUUAAUCUAGAGUUGUUAAUUUUUGUUGUUGAUUUUUUUUAUUCUGUUAUUAUUUUUUUAUAAUUU